GCCAAAGCAGUAGCACUACAAACAUCACAGUCAGCAGCACAAGCAGUAACACUACAAGCAGCACAAACAUCAUCAUCACAAGCAGAAGAACUACUGGCACCACAUUCAGCAUCACGAGCAGUAGCUCUACAAGCAUCUCAGUCUGCAGCACAAGCAGUAACACUAGAAGCAUCACAGUCAGCAGCACAAGCAGCAGCACUACAAUCACCACAGUCUGCAACACAAGCAGUAGCACUGGAAACACCACAGUCAGCAGCACAAGCAGAAACACUACAAGCAGAACUUCAAGCACCACAGUCAGCUGCACAAGCAGUAGCACUACAAGCAGCAGCUGUACAAGCAUCACAUUCAGCAGCACAAUCAGUAACACUACAAGCAGCAGCAGCACUACAAUCAUCAGCACAAGCAUUAGCACUACAAGCAUCCCAGUCAGGAGCACAAGCAGUAACACUACAAGUAUCAAAGUCAGCUGCACAAACAGUAGCUCUACAAACAUCACAGUCAGCAGCACAAGCUGUAAUUCUACAAGCCCCACAGUCAGCAGCAUAUGCAGUAGCACUACAAGCACCACAGUCAGUAUCACGAACAGUAGCUCUACAAGUAUCAAACACAAACAAUAACACUACAAGCAUCACAGACAGCAGCACAAGCAGUACCACUUCAAGCACCACAGUCAACAGCACAAUCAGCAGCACUACAAUCACCGCAGUCAGCAGCACAAGCAGAAGUACUACAAACAUCACAGUCCGGAGCACAAGCAGUAACUCUACAAGUAUCACAGUCAGCAGCACAAGCAGUAGCUCUGCAAAGCAUCACUGUCAGCAGCACAACAGAAGCUCUACAAGCGCCAUUGUCAGCAGCGCAAGCAGUAAGACUACAAGCACCAGAGUCAGCAGCACAGGCAGUAGCACUGCAAGCACAACAGUCAGCAUCACGAGCAGUAGAACAUCAAGCAUCAGAGUCAGCAGCACAAGCAGCAGCACUACAAGCAUAAAAAUCAGUAGCACAAGCAGUAGCUCUACAAGCAUCACAGUCAGCAGCACACGCAGUAGCACUUCAAGCACCAAAGUCCGCAGCUCAAGUAGCAGCACUACAAGACCCACAGUCAGCAGCACAUGCAGUAGCUCUACAAGCAUCACAGUCAGCACCACACGCAGAAACACUACAAGCACCAUAGUCAGCGGCACAAGCAUCAGUACUACAAGCACCACAGUCAGCAGCACUAAAAGCACCACAGUCGCAGCCCAAUCAGAAUCACUACAAGCACCACAGUCAGCAGCACAUGCGGCAGUAUUACAAGUACCACAGUCAGCAUCACAAGCAGUAACACUACAAGUAUCACAGCCAGCAGCACAUGCAGUAGCACCUAAGCAGUAG